AUGGCAUCCAUCGACCACACCCACGACCUCGCCGUCGCGCGCGCCCCUUCCAUGGCCGCUGCCACGCCACCACAGGGCAGCAACGCCGCUCCCAACAACCAGACGCCCGGACAUCCGAGUUUUAGGAGCUUGCUGACCAGAGUUUCUACUGCUAUUACAGACAUGCCAUGCGAGAAAAGUCCGCUGCGAUGCAGCAAGCCUGGGCGUGCCGUGCACAAACUGCGUAGCCUUCUCCAUCGAAUGCAAGAUCCCGACGCCAAAGCGCAAGAAGACGCAGGCUGCUGCUGCUGGCAGCACGCGCCUGAAGGACUCGGAUAG